GUAGUGUUAGGGUGCUUGUAAUGUGAGGCUUUAACAGGGGUUUGAUUUCAUUAUUUUCGGGCAUUUUAUCAUCAUGAAUACAUUAAUUGUAAUAUUUUUUACAUUUUUGUAUCUUCUGAAUCUAAAAUUUCCUCAGUAAAAUAGUUGAUUUUCUUGAUUAGAGAGUAUAUAAAUUAUUUUGAACAGGAAUGUUCAACAGUAAAUGGAUGCAGUAGAGUUUUCAUAUUGUAAUAUUGCACAUUAAAACUUUGGUGCUAGCUUGCAGGGCAGUGUAUGGAAUUGUUCCAUCAUAACUCCAAUCUCUCUUCAACCUGUAUACCCCAGACAGAUCUCUCUUCCCUUUCUGGCAUGAUUGCUUCUUCCAAUCACCAUGGCUGUCUGUACUGGCCAUACAUUACAUUACAUUUAUUUGGCGGAUGCUUUUAUCCAAUGAAUGCAUAUCAAAAGUCGUUGGAACAACUACAAAACACAGGUCCGAUAAGGUACAGUCCUCAUUAUGCAACAGUUAUCCAUGGCCAUGAAAACAUUAAGUUCAGUUCGCACAGUAAGCAUAGGCUAGGUCAGAAGUUAUGAUAAGUCACACACAGUGACAGCUGUCAUGGAAGAAGCACUUGACAAUUUUUUGCUUUUUUCCUCACGACAGUGGUUUGUGUGUGUGUGCUUGUAGACGUGUGUGUAGGUGUGUCUGCGUGUGUGUGUGAGUGCGUGUUUCAGCAUAUUUGCUCGAAUGCAAGCGUUUGUGAGCUUAAGUGUGAGCAUAUUUAUGGACACACCCAUUUAGGUCGGAGCGAAGAGUACUGCAGGCAGUUGCUGCUGGUUCGCCUCUCACUAUAAAGAGAGAACUGCACAGUGUUUGCCUCACAUUGCACAGUGAAGCCCUCUUUCCAAAGUGUUCAGACAUUUGGUCGUACGAAACAGGUAGAAAUGGCACUGAGCCACAAAGAGUUUGAGAGAGCAGGGAAGUCUGCUGGACUCCAAGUCUGGAGGAUUGAAAACAUGGAGCUGGUACUGGUACCUGAGAUUCUCCAUGGUAACUUCUACGUGGGGGAUGCCUAUCUCAUUCUCCAUACAGUCAAACAGAAAGAAACUUAUUUCUAUAACCUGCACUUCUGGCUGGGUAAGGAGUGCAGUCAAGAUGAGAGCACCUCCGCAGCCAUAUUCACUGUGCAAAUGGAUGACUACCUGGGAGGAAAACCUGUCCAGUACAGAGAAGUUCAAGGGGCUGAGUCCACCUCCUUCACCGGUUACUUUAAGGGUGGAAUCAAGUACAAGGCAGGAGGUGUGGCCUCCGGAUUCCACCAUGUGAUCACCAAUGACCUGACAGCAGAGAGGCUCUUCCAUAUUAAGGGCAGACGGGUGGUCAGGGCGACAGAGGUGCCACUCGCAUGGUCCAGCUUCAACAAGGGAGACUGCUUCAUUGUGGAUCUGGGGGCAGUGAUAUAUCAGUGGUGUGGCUCCAACUGCAACAAAUUUGAGAGGUUGAAGGCUGCACAAGUGGCAACCAGUAUCCGUGACAAUGAGCGUAACGGGAGAGCUAAGCUCAUAGUGGUGGAGGAAGACAGGGAACCAGAGGGCAUGAUAAAGGUCCUGGGUAAAAAACCAGAUCUUCCAGAUGGGGAUAAUGAGGAUGACGCCAUUGCAGACAUAUCCAAUCGUAAAAUGGCCAAACUUUACAUGGUAUCAGAUGCAACAGGGACCAUGCAGGUGUCUGUGGUGUCCGAGGAGAAUCCCUUCUGUCAGAGCCUUCUCCUGUCUGACGAGUGCUUCAUUCUUGAUCACGGAAAGAGCAGAAUGAUAUUUGUAUGGAAAGGCAGGAAUGCUAACAAGAGUGAGAGGAAGGAAGCAAUGAAAACAGCUGAAAGCUUCAUAAGACAGAUGGGCUACCCACAGAACACCCAGAUUCAAGUUCUUCCAGAUGGAGGUGAAACUCCAAUCUUCAAACAGUUCUUCCAAAACUGGAAGGAUAAAGACCAAAGUGAGGGACUUGGGAAAGUGUUUGUCACAGAGAGAAUUGCUCGGAUCCAGCAAGAACCAUUUGACGCCUCCAAACUCCAUCAAUCCCAACAAAUGGCAGCCCAAUACAAUAUGGUGGAUAAUGGAACAGGAGACACACAGAUCUGGAGAGUGGAAAAUGGUGAGAGAGUUGAAGUUGACCCAGCAACACAUGGGCAGUUCUAUGGUGGAGACUGUUACAUCAUUUUGUACACAUAUGCCAAAGGGAAAAUCAUCUAUACCUGGCAGGGCUCCAGUGCCUCCCUGGAUGAGCUUACAGCUUCUGCCUUCCUCACUGUACAGCUGGACCGAUCCUUAGGGAGUCAAGCAGUGCAGGUCAGAGUGACUCAGGGAAAGGAGCCCUCUCAUUUUCUCAGCCUGUUUAAACCAAAGCCUCUGAUCGUGUUCAAGAACGGAACAUCUCGCAAAGGGGGGCAGCAGUCCCCACCUCCCACACGCCUCUUCCAAGUGCGCCGUAACCUACCAACAAUAACACGCAUCGCAGAGGUAGAUGUUGAGGCUCGAAGCCUGAACUCCAAUGAUGUUUACCUGCUGAAGCUACCACAGGGGAAAGGGUACAUGUGGGUGGGCAAGGGGGCAAGUGAGGAGGAAGAGCAAGGCGCUAAGUAUAUCAGUGAGCAGCUACACUGCCAGGCCCGCAGGGUCACAGAGGGAAAGGAGCCAGCUGACUUCUGGGCAGCAUUAGGCGGGAAGAAAGAAUAUCAGACAUCACAGCGGCUGGAGAGACAGACAAUCACUCACGCCCCACGCCUGUUCGGCUGCUCAAAUAAGACAGGGAGGUUCACUAUUGAAGAAGUUCCAGGGGAAUUCACCCAGGAUGAUUUAGCUGAAGAUGACGUAAUGCUGCUAGAUGUCUGGGAUCAGGUGUUUGUAUGGAUUGGAAAAGAUGCCAAUGAAGUUGAGAGAACGGAAUCCCGGAAAUCAGCGAAAACAUACAUUGAGACAGAUCCGGCAGGACGUGAUAAGGGGACCCCGCUGGUUAUUGUGAAACAGGGGCAUGAGCCCCCCACAUUCACCGGAUGGUUUUUAGGUUGGGAUGCAUCACGAUGGGGGAAUUAGAUUUUUCGAUUGCAUUCCUACUUAGUUAGCACCAUUUGGUAGCAGUGCCAAAAACCCCACAUUUAAAGUGUUUAAAUGUUUGUUUUUUUACUUUGCAUAAUUAUGCAUAUUUUUUAAUAUGCAUCAUUAACAACCUUAGUAUUAACAUUACAAAACAUUAACAAAAUUGACAUUAGCACUGGCAUGAACAACAUUAGCCUUAUACAUAACCAUUAAAAAUGAGCAACAUACAUAACAAUAUCUCCCAUAAGUCACUAAAAACCACCCACUCUGCCCCCAAUUAAUUUUCUCACGUUAUGUGGACUAUCAGGCCAGCUACACUGUACAUCUGUUUCACUGGUAAACUGAAAGUCACUCAAAAGCCCCUCCAUCUCUUCAUCACCACUGUACUCUGCACUGUCCACACUCUCAACAUCAAGUGGCUCAAUAAAGAUGUGUGAAUUAUCAAUUUUCUCUGACUGACUGUACUUAUUAAAUCACCACCUGCACACUG